CGUCGGUCGGCUUUUUUGUUUGGACAUCCACACAAAGCCCAAAGGUGUGUUUAUGCUCAGCUAUGUCGAGUUUAUGCCAAAGCUGAUCACUGUGCCAGAAGCACCGUUUGGACGGAUAAAAGAGCCACAUACUCCAGCAUCAGGAAGUACUUUCAGGAAGUAGUUUUCUGCCUUUGAGUGACAGCUGUGCCGCGGUGACAGCCCACAGCGGACGGACGGACGGCAGCCCGCAGAGCCGAGCCGAUACUCAAGAUGGCAGGUCUAUCUUUAUAUUUUGAAGAUGGCCAUGAUGAUUUGGAUGACUUUGGAUUUGAUGACUAUGGUUCAGAGUGCGAUGGGAUCCGCAUCACAGCGUUCCUUGAUGCUGGACAAGACAACCUCACUCCACUGGGGAGGCUAGAGAAAUAUGCUUUCAGUGAGAAUGUUUUUAACAGGCAAAUUGUGGCUCGCGGCCUCCUGGAUGUGCUUCGAGAAUUCAGCGACAACGAGAAUGACUUCAUCAGCGUGAUGGAGACAGUAGCUCGAAUGUCAGAGGAUGGAGAGCCAACAGUUCGAGCCGAACUCAUGGAGCAGGUCCCAAACAUAGCCAUGUUCCUCCACGAGAGUCGACCUAACUUCCCAGCAGCCUUCUCCAGAUACUUGGUGCCCAUUGUAGUGCGCUAUCUCACAGACCCCAACAACCAAGUGCGUAAAACCAGCCAGGCGGCGCUGCUGGUUCUCCUGGAACAGGGUCUGAUCUCCAAAGCCGACAUGGAAACCAAAGUGUGUCCUGUCCUGCUCGACCUCACAGAGCCCCGUUGUGACGAUGACUACAAAAUCGAGGCAGUGGCUAUUAUGUGUAAAGUGGUGACCAUGCUGAGCAAAGACACAGUGGAGCACCUCCUCCUACCACGCUUCUGUGACCUCUGCAGUGACGCCAGACUCUUCCAAGUCCGAAAGGUUUGUGCUGCUAAUUUUGGGGAGUUUUGUUCAAUCGUUGGACAGGAGGCAACGGAAAAGCUACUGAUGCCCAAGUUCUUCGACCUGUGCUCUGACAGUCUGUGGGGCAUCAGAAAAGCCUGUGCCGAGUGUUUUAUGAUGGUGUCAAACUCCACCUCUCCAGAAGUGCGACGCUCAAAGUUAUCCCCCCUGUUCAUCAGUCUCAUCAGUGACCAGUCCCGUUGGGUCCGACAGGCUGCCUUUCAGUCAUUGGGGCGCUUUAUCUCCACCUUCGCCAAUCCCUCCAGCACAGGCCUUCACUUCAGAGAGGAUGGAGCCCUGCUCGAGGUGCCCAGGUGCACAGCAGACAAUGACUGCUCCCUAAACUCCCUGAACUGCCCCAACCUGAGCACGCAUCACAGCACAGAGAGGACCAUUGCCCACACACCCCCUAACCAGGACGGCCGAGCCACCCCUUCUCCUGAGCGCUCGCUAACGGCCGACCGCGAAGACAUGCGCACCUACGAAUACAACCACCACCACCCUCACAACCAACACCACACGCCUGACGCACAGGAAAGCUUUAGCCACAACCACCUCAACAACAGCAGCACCACCACAGACAAUGAGCAGACAGAUGAGAACUUUAACUCUUUCCACUACUGGAGAUCCCCUUUACCGGACAUCAGUGACGAACUGGAGAUGCUAACGACAACAAAAGAGGAGGGGAGAGAGGAGGAGGAGGUUAAGACAGAGGAACAGCCAAAGCAGCAGAAAGACCAACUGAGAGAUAGCUGCACACACGACGCUAAAUCCAACUCCACCAGUGAUCAGAUACAGAAGGUGUUGGACUGUUUGCAGCCUCACUUAGAUGACCCCGAUGUGCAAGCCCAAGUGCAGGUGUUGUCGGCCGCCCUCAAAGCCGCGCAGCUCGACAGCCCGUCCAUGAGCGCUGACAACAGCCCCACCACAGAGAGCUCGUCUCAGGACAGUGACUCGGACAGCCCCUCUGAUGAGUGCAAGUCCAUGGAGCUGCAGUCAGAGGAGAGCGAGUGCAGCGACAGUCCCACAGAGGAGGAGAAGAGUCUGGAGUCUCCCGCCACCAGCCCCGAGUCCGGUCCAGAGUCUGGUCCAGAGCCCUGUCCUGAGUCUGAGCUAGAGUCCUGUCCCAAGUCCUGUCCUGUCCAAGAGCAUGGAGAUGAGGAGGGGAAUAGUAAACCAGUGGAGAACCAGGAAGAGUCACCGCCAAAUUCACCACUUCUGGAGUCUGAGCUCAUUGAGAGCAUAGAAGACGAGGGCAUCGAGGACUCCGCUCACAGCCCCACAUCAGAGGACAAACCCAAGAUACAGAAUGUGAUCCCCCAGCAGCUCCUGGAUCAGUACCUCUCCAUGACAGACCCAGCCCGAGCUCAGACAGUGGACACGGAGAUAGCCAAGCACUGUGCCUUCAGUCUGCCCGGGGUGGCCCUCACACUGGGGAGGCAGAAUUGGCACUGUCUCAAGGACACCUACGAAACACUGGCUACUGAUGUGCAGUGGAAAGUGCGGCGGACUCUGGCCUUCUCCAUACAUGAGUUGGCGGUGAUACUUGGAGACCAGCUCACAGCAGCAGACCUGGUCCCCAUCUUCAACGGGUUUCUCAAAGAUCUGGACGAGGUCCGCAUUGGAGUACUCAAGCAUCUCUAUGACUUCCUCAAGCUCCUCCACGCAGACAAGAGGCGAGAGUACCUGUAUCAGCUGCAAGAGUUCAUGGUCACCGACAACAGCCGCAACUGGAGAUUCAGAUACGAGCUGGCAGAGCAACUGAUCCUCAUCAUCGAGCUGUACAGUCACUACGAUGUGUACGACUACCUCAGGCAGAUCGCACUCACACUGUGCUCUGACAAAGUGUCCGAAGUCCGGUGGAUUUCCUACAAACUGGUGGUGGAGAUCCUUCAGAAGCUGUAUGCAAGUGGCGCAGAUGAUCUGGGCCUGAACUUUAUCAAUGAGCUCACAGUCAGGUUUUGUCACUGUCCCAAAUGGGUGGGACGACAAGCCUUUGCCUUUAUAUGCCAGGCCAUUGUGGAGGAGGAGUGCAUGCCCAUGGAUCAGUUCAGCCAGCACCUCCUGCCGAGCCUGCUCAGCCUCUCCUCAGACCCUGUGGCCAACGUGCGCGUGCUGGUGGCCAAAGCACUGCGCCAGAGUGUCAUGGAGAAACCUUACUUCAAGGAGCCCGGCUGUGCCUACUCAGAUGAGCUGGAGGAGACUGUCAUGACGCUGCAGUCAGACAAGGACCGAGACGUGCGCUUCUUCGCCAGCCUGGACCCCAACAAAAACCUGGCAGACACCGCACCCCUCAUCUAACCCCCUCCUCCCCCUACAGACUCUCCUCCUCCUGUCAAACUUUUACAGACUUCUACAGACCACAACACCAGCAGAAACCUAACCAGGGAACGGCAAGACAGAACCUGCUAAUCAUGUCUUGAGGUCCAUUAAAAAACGCGCACAUUCACAGCAGUACCAGUUGCAUUCAGAGUUUUUAGAAAAAGAGCAGGACUCGUAUUUUGAACUUUGGAACUCCACCCCCCCCUUUUCCCUAAACUAAUUGCUAACCCUUCCUAAAGCUAAUUGUAAGCUUGAUUAUAAACUGUUUUUCGUUUAAUUUUUGCAUUUCUUAAACCGGUCGCUUGAAUCUCGAUGUGUUGUGCACUAACUCAGGGGGACCCAUUUGAACUGAAAAACAGCAUUCGUGAAAAAAAGAAAAAAAAUGCAAGCAUAUUGUCCCGCUUUUUGUUGAGCCACUGACCAGCGAAAAUCAAGUAGCUUUACUGGUGAUUUUCAAUUCGUUUGGUCCAAAACUGAAAUUCAUUUUUGUCUCCAAUGUCUUCAGAUAUGUCAUUGUGUUAAUGUGAUAUCUUUAUUUUACAUUUGGGUAACCACUACUUUUUUGUAAUUAAACCUAACAUAAUUUUAUCAGGUAACAUUAAUCGGUCCAAUUUUCGACAUCCCAAAAGUAAAGUUUUCUGUUGACCUUAUUUCUGUAUGCAAGCAAACGUCUUGAAUUGGCCAGAAAAUUAUUGCACUUUUAGUUUUUUGUUUUUAUAAUCAAAAAUUCUAUGUUUUAAAAAAAAAUAUUAGCCCCAGUUUUAGAUGUAUGUGAUUGGCAGGGAGUAAGCUUAGACCAAUUUUAUUUUGAAGAUUGACUAUCUGAGAAGAGAUACAUUUUUAGUAUUUUUAGUAACUGUAUUUUUAGGUUGAAUUUUACAUUGUUUCUAAUAUAUUGGCCAUCAUAAUAUGAAAAAUCAAGCCAUAAUUGACAAACUUCUUUAACACUCAUUUUUCUAUUCUAGUUUAACAGGAUCAACUAAAACUAAAAUGUUUGGACCUACCAUUGGUGUUGAUUGAACUAUUACAAUUUCCACAUUUCUCUUAUACACUGACCCAAACUUCUACAAAAAAUUGUUUUCAUAAAAUAUUGAAUUUUUUUUUUUCCACCAAAAAUGUGAUUUGUUCCACUCAUUUUCAGGACAUGUACCGGAAUACCUCUGCUUGGAUUUGACUUGCCAGUGAGGAUUUGAGUGUCAGCGAAUAGCAAAUAGUUUUAGUUGUGGCGUUUUUAACAUCUCUAACAAGGGCUCAUGUUGGAUGGACAGGGUCUAUUUGAUGACGAUGAAAUGAGCACAUAGUUUGGAAUAUGCAUGUCCCCCACAAAUUUCUUCCCCUCUCUCCUCCCCUGUCCCAUUUGUGUAUAGUCAAUUCCCAUGAUGGUUGCGGAUCUAAAGUGUACAGUAGGUAGCUUUUUAAUAUAGCGAAGAACAUCUGAACCAGGUGAUAUUUCCCUGUCAAAGUGGAGCCAUUUUAAAGUAUGAGUUUUCUCAAAAAUGUUGUACAGCGUUUGAACCUGUGGAAAAAAUGGUUGAGUUUUUUUGAACCAAGGCCAGUUUGAGUAGGGUAUACUAUGGACCCAAAAGAUGAGGUGUGUGGAUAUUGGGAGCAGUCACCAAGUCACUUUUUGUAGUCUUUGGAGCUCUUUUCUUUUCCUUGUAAAUGAUAAGCCGUUUUUGACAGACCUAACUUGAGAAACUUAAGCUGAUUGUGGUGUGUGCUGUGCAUCUCAAGUUUUGUUUUGUUUACUUCAGAAACUUUUUGGAGAGGCCACUGCGGUGAAUGGCACUCAUCUCGUCUGUCUGCGACCUGUGUCCAUCUCAUUUUUUUAUGUAGUAGAACAGUUAAUAUAUACAUUUUAUGAAAAUUAUUUUUCUUUUCAAUUAUGCACCACUGUUCAAAGAUUUUAUAUCCUAACUUUACAAAAUUUACAAUCUUUUUAAUAUUCAAUGGUUUCAUUAAAAAGACGUUUUAUGUAAUGUUAUUUUUAGUAUUCUGUAAUUAAAAUGAUAAAAAUUACAGAA